AAAAUAAAAAGCAAUUCUAAGUGGUUAUAAAAAACAAAAAAGUAAAACUGUAGUAAAACAAUUCCAUUUAAUUAUAAAAAACCAAAAAAUAACAAUGGAAAAUUAUUGCAAAGACUUAAAAUUACUAGUAAACGAUAUGAGGGUAAUUCCUGCCAAAGGCACAGUUUGUUCAAGCAAUGAUGUGUUAGAUGAAUCUACAAAACAUAUAGAGGAUAAUAAUGAUUUAACUCUCACAUUUGGAGAUAUCUCAGCUAUCCCAAAUCCAAAUGAUACUACACUUAUUAGAGAAAAUGUAGAUAAACUACAUUCUACUGCUAUACACCCAGAUGAACUGACAGUUCAAAAUGACGCUGACGUCUGUGCAUAUAUCAUGUAUGAGAGGCGCUUGCCUGCGGUGUUGCCGGAUUGGGCUCCGUAUUUAGGGAAAAAUAUUAAAAGUGGAAAAUUUACCUAUAUACAUUUAUAUUAACGAAACACAAAAACAAAAAACUAAAACAAACAACAGUAGUAAAAUUAAAAGUGAUUCUUAAUAAGUAUAAAACAAAAAAUAACAAACAGCAGUAAAAUAAAAAGCAAUUCUAAGUGAUUAUAAAAAACAAAAAAUUAAAACAGUAGUAAAACAAAAAACAAUUCCAAUUAAUUAUAAUAAAACAAAUAAUAACAAACAGUAAAAUAAAAAGCAAUAAAUAUGGGCCAAGCUAAUAAAUGCGUGUUAAAAUAAAAACACUCAAAACUAUAUAUUUACCUGGUCUGAAACACAAUGAAUUUUACAUUGUAUCAAACAUUUUUUUCUCCAAUAUUGCUUUGCAUUGGCAAUUUUCUUCUUUCUACUCUUUAAUUAACAAUAGCUUUUAACUUU